UAGGGGAGAGAUGGAGAGGGAGAGCGGACGGCAGUGCGAGCGCGAGAUGUAGACAUCUGGAUAAAACUGCCGCUCGACACUGCCUCCUGAAAUUAAACGCCCUUUUGACGUGAACAGUGUCAAUUUUUCACAAUUAUUUAAACGAUUUUAAUAAUUUAAUUUACUCCUUAUCUUUCAGACUCUACUUGAAACUUGCUGGGCAACGAUGUCACACUUUAUUCACAGCGUGCAUGGACCACACCAACUCCAAACAUAGACAACAAAUUUAGAUAAGUUAUUACACAUUUACUUUACCACAGACAACAUAUUAAAAAGACAAUGACCUUUCGGAAUUUCACUCACUGUGGCUACGAUGGGUUCGACUUUCUAAGCCCGCCCACGGUCCAAACAGCUGGAUUCCGAUGUCGCUUUCUAUUGACACAUUCUCUGUGUAUAUGCCGGCUAGUCAACGAACAUCCCAGGGAGGGGAACAACCAACAAUGUUGCCUACGCAGCAGACACAACAAAAACAAAACGGAAAUUCAAACUUGGACAACGGCAAUUUCACGACGGAUUUUUCUUGAACAUCUGGACUGGACAACACAGCUCUUAUCGUGGUCCUGGAGUCCCUCCCAACCAUGAGUGUAUCCCUCAACCUUCUCUUGGACACAUCUCCCAAUUCUGUUCUGUGGAUCGUGCUACCUCGCCAAACUCAUCUCACCCCCCAACACGAAUUUCUACUCACACGACUUCAUUUCGUUUUCACAUUAUAAUUCACGAUUUUUCCUUAAAUUUUAACAUUUAAUAAUCCUACCUACGGUACCGAACUUUUACAGGGAACACAUAUAUAUAAAUAUAA